CUGGUCACUGACCCGCUCCUGAGACCCAGGUCUCGAUCCUCCACUUCCUUACCAACAAGCAUGACGAGCGUUGCCCGGGAUGGAGUACAUCACCCGAGGGGUCUGCGGGCAGGAAGGGUGCCGUGAACGACGGUAUUAUCUCGAGAAUGGCCUCUGGUUCUGCAGGCGGGGUCAUCAGCAAGAGGGUCAACAAGUCGAGGAAGAUCCCGACGACUUUGGCACGCAAGGGAAAACCAGUCGCGUGAAGAAGGCCGCAGCGGAGAAGACCCAAAAGACAUACCGCGGUCGCCAAGCGUAUAGUCUCUUUUUACAGGUCUACCAAUUAGUUCUCUGGAAACAGUGUCAUGCGCUGGUGCAGAACCGCGGCUUUCCGUCGCAGUUCGAGGCCGUAGUUCGCGAUCUCUGGGCUCUCCGAUUGGAGACCUUCGCCGACAAGAUUAAUGACCCUGCAGAUCAGGAUCAGGAUGAGGAGCCUGAGUUCUUCAGCUCCCAAGCAGCCACGAGCCUUGAUGACGCCGAGGGCUAUAGAUCGAAAGGCUGGCGGGCGACUUGGCCUCGCCUCAUUGACAGUAUUGCUCUGUGCUACCUCGGAGCUCUGUUGAUGAGACUGCCAGUGAGCGUUGGAGAUCUCCACCGCAUGGUAAUGCGCGGCGAUGUUCCUUUUAUUAGAAUCGUAAAGGACAUUCCUCGGGAAAUGAGGGAUAAGCUACCUUCGGAGUUCAUCUCGAUACUCGAGACUACGAGACUGCUUCAAGCAGAGCAUCUCCAUGGGGCUGUCUCAGACCUUCUGCUGCUGUAUCAUGAUAAAUUCAGCAUGCAAUUUCCAUCAUUGAAUUGGCCAGUCCUGCUGUAUAGAUAUAUCAAAAGGCUUGCGCUUCCUAUCGAUAUCUACCCUGCCGUGAAGAGGUUGCAACAUCUCCUGGGAUUCACCUUUGAGUUUCCUACUAGCAACGUAGGCAAGAGAAGGGCUCUUCAUUUGCCGGAGCUGCAGCUGGUCGCGCUAGUCGUCAUCUCCACCAAACUUCUAUUCCCGUUUGACGAUCUUGAACGAUAUCCCACUUCUUCAAAAGAGCCUACGGUGCAGGUGAUUGAUUGGAACCUCUGGGCACAGAUUCAGAGACAUUUUGACAGUCGAGAGACUUCUGCAGGCCAGCUCGGCAAGGGGAGAGAGGUCUUGGUGAAUGAAAAGGACGUAUUCAGCAUGACGCCGUCCCAAUUGGACGAGUACAUGGACUGGUACGAGAAUAAUUGGCUCGACGCCAGUAAGACAUCGAAUCCACUGGCCGAUUUCUUUCCGACUGGCCCAACGAAUGGCGAAAGCCAGUCUGCUGCUCUUGCACCAAAGUUGACUGAAGAGGAAGCUCUAGACUCUAUGAUCAAGGCAUCCACCAGCCAAUUGAAGUCAAGAAAAGUCGUUCCAGAGGAUGAUCUGGAUACACCCCGGCCAGGAACCUCCUACGCGCGGUAUCGAACAGAGACUGAUCUUCCAGAUACGGCGAGGUCGUUCUACGAGACAGCUGCAAAGGUAACUGGGGUGUCUCUGUCUACACUCAUUAGGGCCGUAUCACAAGCCGAGAAUAAGAUCACUCAUUGGCUUGAGGAGCAGCGACGGAUCGAGUACUUCGGAGAUGCCUUAGAUAUGGAGUACAUUCGAGACUCUAGUCUGGAAAUAGACGAUGAAGAGAGCAUGUCCGAACUGGACGAUAGCGAUUGAGUGGGGUUGGCGACCAUGUACCAAAUCAAUCCAAUAGCUGACGUUACAUCGAAGUAUAUGGCUUAG